UGAAUGAUUCGAAGUUGCUGUAAUAAAUGAGCAUUAUAUAAACAACGUAUAAACAUGGGCAAGCGUCAUAUGCUCAAAAAGUGUUGCUUUUAUGUAAAAUAUUGUUAACUUGGUACAGAAUAUAUUUAUUUUAUGUUUGUUAUAUAUUAAGGGCGUAAGCAAUGGCACACAAUAUAGAGCAAAAUGCGAGAGAAGUGCUGCAGAAUCUGUUUGGCCACGCAGAUUUUAAAGAUUCUCUCCAGAAGAGCGCCAUACUCUCGGCUAUAAAAGGAGAAGAGGACAUCUUCGUUUCCAUGCCGACCGGAGCCGGCAAGUCGCUGUGCUACCAGUUGCCCGCGGUGAUGCAUCCCGGCAUCACACUCGUCGUCUCUCCGCUGCUCGCUCUCAUCCACGACCAGAUCAAGCGUCUGCGCAGCCUCGGCGUUGCCGUGGAGACGAUGAACUCCAAGCAGGAGGCGGGCGAGCGUCGGCGCGUCGUCGACGACCUGUGCGGCGAGCGUCCGCCGGAAACGAAGCUGCUCUACAUCACGCCGGAGCUGUGUGCGACCGAGAACUUCCGCCAGGUGGCGCAAGCACUGCGGGUGAAGGGACGGCUGGCGUAUCUGGCUGUGGAUGAAGCUCACUGUGUCUCGCAGUGGGGCCAUGACUUCCGCCCCGACUACCUCAAACUGGGUUACCUCAGGCAGAAGAUUGGAAAGGCUGUGCCACUGAUUGCGCUGACAGCCACAGCAACGAAACAGGUUAUGGAUGACAUUCGAACUUGCCUUAAAUGGAGACAACCAGGAAAGAUAUUCAAGCAGAGCUGUUUUCGUAAAAAUCUCUUCUACGAUGUGAUGUUUAUUGACUUGCUUGACAAUCCAUAUGAAGACCUACGAAAAUUUAUAAUGAAAGCAUUGGGCCCAAGUGAGAAAGGUUGUGGCAUUGUGUACUGCCGGACCAGAGACGCAUGCGAAGAGGUAGCGACGCGUCUGUUAGCUAAAGGACUGACAGCUAAGGCCUACCAUGCAGGCCUCAAGGGCAACAUGCGCACAGUCGUGCAGGACGACUGGAUGGAAGGUCGUGUGAAGGUCAUUGUGGCAACAAUCAGCUUUGGCAUGGGCGUCGACCAGUCGUGUGUGCGGUUUGUGGCGCACUGGACACUACCUCAAUCAAUGGCAGGCUACUAUCAAGAGUCUGGUAGAGCGGGGAGAGACGGCAACCCAGCGUACUGCAGAAUUUACCACAGUCGGGAAGAGCGAAACAUCAUAUGGUUCCUCAUCAGGAAGACGAAUGCAAGUUAUUUAGGAAGCAAGAAAUUCAGCCUCAGUGGGAAGUGGAAGGCGGCAAAGUCGAACUUCGAGGGCAUGGUUGGUUAUUGUGAGAAGCCUCGCUGUCGGCACGAGGCCAUUGCCGAUUACUUCGGCGACGGCAAGCCACCGUGUGAGAAGACGUGUGACUUCUGCAAGCUACCGAGGGAGACGGCUAAUCGCACGGAACGCUUCCAGUCUGGAGCGUGUGGUGUGAAUAGCAAGCACAGACAUCAAGGAAGUACUACAGUUUCAAGUAUGACAAAUAAAGAGGGGACAAGGGAAGAUGCAAGCCUGUAUGGUGGUGGAAAGUUUUCCAGAGACACGAAAUAUGACGAUGGUAACAGUUUCGACGUGGAGCGGUAUAGACCAGGCUAUGAUAAUGGUGACAGCAGUGGUGGCGAUGACGGAGAAGAAGAGAGGAGCAGGUUAAAAAGUCUAAUCCAAACAGAAUUUCGAAAAAGGAAACGAGGGGAGAGCGGACUUUCUCGUGGAAAGCCAGAUAAGAAGCAGAAAAUGGAACAGAGUGUGUCACUUGAUUGUCCCCUCAGGUCUCCUGCCAGUACCAGGGUGCCUAAACUCACAGUGCAGACGAGAGAAGGAAUGUAUGGAAAACUGCUGGUUGCACUGCGCAAUAAUUUCAUGCUCGCCUGUAGUGACAUGGCGGACAGUGAGGAGAAGGUGAGACGGUGCGCUGUCGAGGAAGAGUUCAGACAAUACUCCGCCGUGAAACUUGGCAACAUCUACAUCGCAUCGAUGAUGAAGAAGAUCAGAGAAGUCGACGCUGCGACAAAGAGCGUGGAGCUGCACGCCGCAUUUUCUGCCGAACCGAUGCCACCCUCGCCGCCCGCCGCGACCACUGGCGCCCCCUCGUCGAAAUUUGCCUCGUCAUCCAAGAAGGGGCUGCGCGCUAACGGCAUGCGCAGUGUCACAGAGUUUUUCGGUUUGAGGACCGCGGGUGAGGAGCUUGCUGCGCGUGAAGGAAGGGGGCAGCACCAGGUGUCUGCCGCCGCAGGUCGACCCACUGACCUCACGCCCAGUGAUCACACGCCACCAGAGUGCGCCACCGCUAACCCGCCCAGUGAUCGCGCACCACCAGAGUGCGCUGCCGCGGAUCUCACGCCCAGUCAUUGCAAGCAACAAGAGAGCACCGCUGCUGAUCUACCCAGUGAUCAUGCACCACCAGAGUGCGCCACUGCUCCUGACCCGCCCAGCGGUCUCUCGCCACCAGGGAGCGCUGCAGCGGGAGAUCUCACGGACCCGACGUGUAUUUCGUCCGCUAGCUCCAUCGACUUCUCGCAAGUUGCCUCGACGGGAGAGGAGCAACAGGGAGAGGCAAGGCCCAGCACGGCAGCGGUUGCCAUGGGCGAUCGUCUCACAACCGAGACACCUGCGGUCGCCGCGGGCGACGAUGGUUGUGAUACCGGCGCUCUCGCGGCGAUCGUGGAUGGUCCGUCGGACGGUGGCGGCCUUGAUUGUGAUGUGCGCGAGGCGACAACAGCUCUCCCAUACAAGCGCGAUGGAGACGUUGCCGGUGGCGCCGAAAAAGUUGGGAGCACUCGCGGGUCGCGUGAUCGAGCGCAGCGUGCUGUCGUCACCGGCGGCAACGGGAGGCUGUCAGGACGAGAAGGCAAGCUUCGUGGCUCACACGCCCAGGUGCACACCUUGCCAGCUAACAAGCGAGUAAGCUUCAGCAGCAGCAUUGCUAUUAAGGAGGUGGAAAGGCUUCCCAAGUCGAGUAUAAAGUCCGUGGAGUCUGUGAGGGAGCGAUCAUUAGUCGCAGACAUCGUAGUCAAAUGCCUGGAUCCCUACUAUAGAUGCGGCAAAAUAGUAUCCCGGGAGGUCUUUAAAUCAUUCGCCAAAUACAUCAGCACGAAGGUAGCAUUGCUUGAUAUACCCAGACACUCAGUAGGAAAGUAUCUAGAAAAACGACUCCACCAUCACUUCACCCGCUACAAGAACGUCACAACGGACAGUGAUUUCUUUAAACUAGAAUUAUGAUGCGCACAUGGACAUGAACCUAAAUGCCAUGCUGACUUACAUCUGUGCAAGUACCGGCUGUUCUUUUAAUCUUUAUAUUUAACCUCAUAUAUAUUUAUGUCACUUUUCAUAAGUGACGGCAGAAGUUAAAAGCCGCUUACUAUUAUUGCAGUUCCGAAUUUUCUUCUACGCUCCUUAUAGUGCCAUACUCUCUUCUCUACUACUUCUUUAUUCUCAUCUUCUCCUUCUACAUCAAUUACAGUCACAUAAUCAAGUGCCACUCUCUCCUACUUAUUCUACUCAAGUUCUUCCACAUAUGAUUAAGAGCGUAUAAAGAAGGAGAGCGUACAACGGUGAAAUGCUGAAACGAUGUUGCAGAUUUAGUCGAAUUAAGAAAC